AACGCCCAGCGUCGUCUCAACCUCACCUGGUGCGCGCUGUACCAUUCCCUGUGAAAUCACCACGAAUUCCAUCGCGACAUUCAUCGAUUUUCAUCCCAUUUCCAUCGCUCUUCUCCUCAGAGCCGCUUGCUAAAAGCUCGGGCUAUGACCCGAGCAGCUUAGCCUGCUCCAAAGACGUCCAUAUUCGCGUCAAAACCCCUUCUCCCUCUCCCUUCCAAACCCCCGAAUCACCACCCCCCUCCCAUACAUAUUCCUGCUUACAUACGCAUCAUGAGCAACAACAAUCUUCUCCCAGCUUCAUGGUCACGCCAGCCGAGCACUCGCGACGAUGUUACUGUUCUUGCGGAACGCACUCGGACAAACUCCAUUGAAACGGGGGUAGAGGGUGGGGACAAGGACGAUGUUGUCGAUCCCACCAUCGCCGCUUUUCGCCAGCGAUACGAUAUAUUCGAAAAGCGCAUAGCAAUGAUGUUCGACACCCGACGUCCUUGCUGCGCUCCACCGGAUAUGGAAUUCGCUGCCUUGGAGCUUAACGACGAUUUCUCCUCAGCGAAUGUCAAUGCUUCGGGAAAUUCCGCUGCGGACAAUGCUCGGCCACCCGUGCGAAAGAUCGACGACGACGAUUAUGACUUUGAGGACGAUGAAGACGAAGAGGACACAAAGGCUAAAGCUCCCCCAUUCUUACCUCUCAAAUCAGCUUCCUCAUUGUCUCAAUCUAGCGAACCUUCGUCUGGGAAUAUAAUUGAUGCCAAGAAGAGCGCUGUCGCGACGAGGGAGAAGCUGGAGGCUGAUAGGAAAGCGGCUGAAGAGGCUGUGAAGCGUGCUCUACCCUCCAUGUUUUUCACCCUUGAGAACGAUCGGGAUGCCAUGCUGGAGCAGCAGAAACUUGAAGAAUCCGACAGACAGGUCAAUGCCGAAGCGAAUGCGGCUCAAGCGAACGCCCUUGGGAAGCUUAGCAGCGCAAACCUUGGUGCUUCAAGCUUAACAUUGAAGCACCUUAUCGCUCGGAUCGAUGCCAAGCGUGAGAAGGUCGUGGUUUCAGAUAUGGAGUUACGGAAUUUGAUGUCAGAGGUCCGGAAGAAUCGGUCAAAGUGGGCCAAUGAAGACAAAAUUGGUCAGGAGGAUCUUUAUGAAGCGGCAGAGAAAGUGGUACUAGAGCUCAGAGCGUUGACAGAGCACUCCACUGCCUUUCUCAAUAAGGUCAAUAAGCGAGACGCACCAGAUUACACGACUAUAAUAAAACACCCAAUGGAUCUGGGUACUGUAAUGAAGAAGUUGAAGGGUCACCACUACAAGAGUAAAAAUGAUUUUGUCGACGAUCUUAAUUUAAUAUGGCAAAACUGCCUUACUUAUAAUGCUGAACCGUCACACUAUCUUCGGAAACAUGCAAAAGCGAUGCAGAAAGCUACUCAAAAUCUCAUACCUUUAAUUCCUGAUAUCGUGAUUAGGGAUAGGGCGGAGGUUGAGUUAGAGGAAGCAGGUGCCCUUGAGGUUGACGCUGAGGGGGAAAGCGAUGAUGAGCCUAUAAUGUCUACUCGUGGCAGAAAGGCACCUGGAACUAAGAAGACUAGGAAAGGUGCUCGGCUGGAAGGGACUCCUGAAGUUAAAGCGCCAGUCGUAAAUCUUUUGCGAGCAGAUUCCAACCCUCCGGGUAAUGAUAGUCAAGUUUCUGUUGGCAUCAAUGGUUUUCCAACACCAUCUGGCAGCACCCCUAUUCCUAAUGGCCUUGUGCACUCAAUAUCGCAAAUGGAUAUUGAUCAUGACAGGGUCGAUGAUGAUACGCAUGAUGUAGAGUAUCAGACGUGGAAAACUUUGACAAAGAAGGCAAGGGCGAAGGUGGCAAGCGAGAGACACAAGUUAUUUCGUGGCAAUCGUUUGAAUCCGGAAGAACCGGCUUUAUUACGAUCCCGGGAUGAUAUGGGGCGGUUUUUGAGGAACGAAGAGAAGCACGCCAAGUCAACCCAGGAUGCUGACGACAGCAGCAUGCAACAAGGAAGUGGUAAUACGAAAUUGGUUGAUACGGAACAACCAGACGUUCAGGAACUACUUCCGGAUUACUACGACCCUUUGGCCGCGGUCCCGGAGCUUCCUUCUGGUGUCUCAUGGUAUGGCGAAGGCGACGAAGUAGAUCUACAGGACGACAAUCUCCGUAUUGCGCCGAGAGGGAUAUUUACACAGCCAAAGUCUGAGCUCAGCAAGCGGAUGGAUGCGAAUAUCAAACAGAUGCAGGAGACGAGGAAGUUGUGCUCGAAAAUUGGUGUAAUCAAGCAGAUGCAGGUGCAGACACAGAUGUACUCCAAUCAAUUCACCAAGUACGAUCCAAAGGAGUUUGUCGAAGCUGAUGUAGAAGACUUUGUGAUUUCUGAGGAAGGUCCCAUCAUGUGCGCAACUGUAGCACGAGCUGCAUUGCAGAAAUCUGUCGGCAAGAUAUUUUAUCAUGCUGGCUUUGAGGAGUUCCAGCCGACAGCAAUUGAUGCCGUGACUGAUAUUGCUGUUGAUUACUUUCAGAAGUUGUCGAAGACUUUGACGGUGUACCAGGAGGCUCCACAACAUGAGAGGAAAUUUGAGCCAGAGUUUCUGAAGAUGCUAACCUGGCUACAGGAAAUGCUACUCCAUGCUUUGUAUGAAAAUGGUGCAGAUGUCGAAUCUUUGGACACCUACAUCAAGGACGAUAUUGAGAGGCUAGGCUCCAAGCUGAAUGGCAUUCACCAGCGGAUGAAGAUUCAUCUAACAGAACUUUUACGUCCUGCCUUACAGGAUGUCGGUGGUGACGGUUCGAGGAUGUUUAAUGAUGGCAGUGAACAGUUCGUUGGCGGUGAUUUCGCCGAGGAUAUUGGUGAUGAUUUCUUUGGCUUUAAGGAGUUGGGCUUGGACAAGGAGUUUGGACUUUCUUCGCUUUCUGUACCAUUGCACCUGCUUCAGGGGAGGAUGCAUAGCACAUAUCAAACACAAAACACCAGUGCUGUGGCAUUAGCGGAUGGCUACAAGCCGCCACCCCCCUUCGAACCUGUCACUCACGAGCUUCUCGAGCGGGAAAUUGGCCUGGUCAAAAACUUCUUUUUGGCAAAGCUCCAUGCAGGCGGCGGUGAACCCCUCGUCGAAGAUGAAGACCUACCCGUUAAACAGCGUUUACCAAAGCCGAGGUUGCCUCCAAGCGGGAAGAUUUUGGCCCCAAGGAAGCGCCCAAUGCACGGCCAAGGGGGGAAUUCAAAGAAGAAGAAAAAACCGAACCCACCGGCACCACCACCCCCAAAGGCCGCACCGCCACCUUCAAAGAGCAUGGCCAUGGAUCGCUCAUUAUCGAAGAUAUCAGAAGUAGACGGUGACGGGAAUGGUGGUAUGAUGUCACCAGAGUCGUUGGUUGGUGGAGGCGGAUAAAUUCACAACUUGGGAAAACAAAGGAAAGAUAUUAUUUUUACGGAAGGAGUCGAUUCCUCAUCUUGUUAGUUUCAAUCCUUCAUUUGCCAGGGAGGUCGUUGGUUCUUCUGUUCGUCUUUCUAGUACCCUUUUGCUUCGUCCUUUUUUUUUUUUACUAGGUCCCUGAUGUCUCCUUGUAACUAUCUCCUCCUUUGGCCCUUUCUACUAUCUUUUCACUUGCAGCACCCUUUUGGUCCGCUUCAGUUCACACAAGUUUAUUUUAUUUCAGCUCAUCAAACCGGGCGUUCAGGUUUGAUUCAGUUCACUUCGGUUUGGCCUAGUUUGUCUCCUAUUGUUUCAGUUUGGUACAAAAAAUUGUCUGGUUUGUAUAUUUUUUGUUUUGUUUUGGUAACAUUCGUACGAUGUAAUUUAUUUAUUUUAUUCUCUUUCGCUCAAUUUUUUUUUUCCUUCAUCUAUUAUUCUCUUGUUGGUUUAGGGUGUAUGACGAAUGGGUUCCUUUAUUUUUCUCUUACUAUUACUACUGCUAUUUUAUGAUUUGUUUGUGUUGUGUAGAUUUUGGGAUGUUUUCAUGUCGUUUGGUGCUGAGGAUGCGGGUGGAGGUUGGUGUUGCUGUUAGGCAGGGGUCAUGGGGGAGGAAGAACGGGAGUUGUGGUUGGGAAACUGGAUGGAAAGGCAAGACAGGCAGGGCAAGGAAGGAAAGACAGGGUAGAUAUAUAA